UAGCGCUAAAGUUCAAUUUCCCAUAUAUUUUUAAUAAAGUGCUUUGUUUACUUCUGCAUUUUUGUCUAAACCAAAAAGUAGACAGUUAAUCAAAUCUGGGAAUAAAAUCGUAUAUCUUUAUGUAUAGUGAUGUAUAGAUCAACUAUCUGAACCCACUGUCAGCUUAUUUCGAGGAAUAUUGAUUGCCAUAAAUUAUUUUUCAAAUUAUUAAAUAUAUACAAUGGAAACAGCCUUUCGUUACGGAGAAAAACCUAUUGAAUUUCAGUUGGAACCUGAUGGUGAAUACUUCUAUUUAGCAUCUGAGGUGGGCCGAUAUCUUCGAUUAUUCCGUAAAGAAUUAUUCAAGAAGUAUCCAAAUCUAUGGAAACGUUUAGUUACACCGGAAGAAAGAGAAAAGUUAAUUCAAAUGGGUCUAGCAACGCCUAUCACCGCUUUGAAUGCUAUGCUCCUACGUACUUAUGAAGUGAAUGAAAUCAUUUGUGAACAAGAUCGUCUGGCUGAAUUAAAAAGCAGUCUAGUCAUCAGAGAUUAUUCAUCAGCUUCAAAUAAUAAUAAUAAUCCAAGUGUUGUGAAUCCCACAGGUCUACGUAGUAGUUUCUCAUCAGUUGGAAAUGCUAAAGGCCAGCUUUCUUUUGGUGGUAGUGCAGGUGGUGGUGUUGGUGGUCGUACAAGUCUUGGUUCAAGUGGAAAUCUAGGUACAGGGAAUAGUCUACCUGGUACUGGGAAUACUACUACGACUGGAGUUAUCGAUCAUACAAUUGCUACAAGUGGUGGUGGUGGCGUUGGCGGUAGCUUCAAAUCGAAACGUGACAGCAGCAGAUGGCUUGGUGUUAGUUCAACACCGAAUACAUCAUUCCACUUGGACUCAGUUCCUUGUCCAACUCCUAUUAGCCGAUUACGAACAGCUAGACAAGCGAGUAAAUCCUUCACUUUUCCAUUCUGUUUGGAUGAUUCUGAUCCAGUAGCAUUUCAUGAAAAUGCUUGUCAACCGGAAUGCCUAGUACCAAUACGAUUGGAUAUUGAAUGCGACGGAGUAAAACUACGUGAUUGUUUUACAUGGAAUCGUAAUGAACAAUUGAUUACGCUGGAACAAAUGGCUGAAGUGCUAUGUGAUGAUUUAGACUUGAAUCCAAUCAAUUUUGUUCCAGCUAUAGUGAAUGCGAUGCGACAACAGAUUGAAGCACAUCCAGUAACCGAUUGUUUAGUUGGACAAACUGAUACACGUGUUAUCAUCCGAUUGAAUAUCCAUGUUGGUAAUAUCUCACUGGUCGAUCAAUUUGAAUGGGAUCUCUCUGAGCCGAAUAAUUCACCAGAACAAUUUGCUUCAAGAUUAUGCGCUGAGUUAGGCUUAGGCGGGGAGUUUGUUACUGCUGUCGCCUAUAGUAUACGUGGACAACUGGCUUGGCAUCAAAAAAUUUAUGCAUUUAGUGAAUCUCCAUUGCCAACAGUUGAUAUUGUAUUUCGUAAUUCUAAUGAAGCUGAUCAAUGGAGUCCAGUGGUUGAAGUGUUGACAGAUGCAGAAAUGGAGAAAAAGAUACGUGAUCAAGAUCGUAAUACAAGGCGAAUGCGUCGUUUGGCCAAUGCACAACCGAAUUGGUGAUCUCGUCGUCGUCGUCGUCUCCUUUUCUUCUUCCUUAUCAAUCGAUGUCCAAUGUUCUUGUAUAUUUAUUUUACUUUUUGUGUUAUUUAAACAAUAUAAAUAAAUAAAUAAUUUGUAAUAUGAA